AUGGGGGGUACCGCCUCAUUACACUGUUCUGCGUCUCGCGUGAUUCUACGACCAGCACAAAGACGUAAUUUCAUCAUCAGUCGGUUAGAGAGCGCAAGGCAGAGGGAAUGGCUCUGGGUGGUAGUCGUCGCCGGAGUGGGCUUUUUUGCUGAUGCGUACUGUAUCUUCUCAGUCAACAUGGUCGUCCCUAUGAUUAGUGAGGUCUAUUGGGGCAGUUUGGACGCCAAACCUGACCGCGUCCACAACUAUGAGGUCGGCCUUAGCAUCAUGACCUUAGGCGGCGCGCUCGUAGGCCAAAUUCUUUUUGGUAUCGCCGCGGAUAUCUGGGGUCGCCGGAAAAUGUAUGGAUUGGAGUUGAUUGUCUUGAUUUUCAGCACUCUUGGGAUGUCGAUGUCCUCCUCUGGUAAAUAUGACUCCAUGUCCAUCAUCGGGGUUCUUUUGUUCUGGCGGUUCUUUAUGGGAGUCGGAGUGGGAGCCGACUAUCCUUUAUCUGCUGUGAUCUGCUCCGAGCUUGCACCCACUCGCAUAAGGGGUCGUAUGUUGGCAGCUGUCUUCCUCUGCCAAUCACUUGGACAGACUGCAGCGGCACUCAUUGCUCUCAUCGCUGUGGCAGGCUUUCGACAUAGUCUGCCUAAUGACCCAGAGCUUCGCGAGUGUACAGGAUCUUGUGUUCGGAAUUUAGAUAGCAUAUGGAGGUUAAUAGUAGGUCUGGGAGCUGUACCUGCAUUCAUUGCCAUCUGGUUUCGAUUAACCAUCAUUGAAUCCCCUCGUUAUACCGCCGAUGUCAUGCAGAAUAGUCUCCAAGCUGCUGCAGAUAUCUCUCAGUUUUAUCAGUCAGCGGACAUUUCCUCAGCCUCUAGUCUCGGCCAUGAGUCGCUCCAUCCAGUCGAAGAGACGAUAUCACUAUCCCCCACCCAAACUCGUGAAAACGGCUUUACCCCAUCAGUCAUCUCUCGGCAAUCAAGCUCUAUGGCACUAGAGAAUAUCUCCAGCCCUCAACUCCACUUCUGGAGAGAUUUCAAAAUUUUCCUGCAACAAAAGCACAACCUCCGGACGCUCGUGGCAACAUCUUUGUGCUGGUUCUGCCUCGACCUGCCAUUCUACGGCUUGGGGUUGAUGAAUGUGGACAUUAUAAAUACCAUUUGGUAUGGGAACCACAUUCCGUCUGCCGGAGUAUAUGAAUCUCUUCUUCGGGUGUCAUACCAGAGCAUCGUGGUUGUUUCAUCGGGCGCUAUCGUCGGUAGCUGUAUAGCAGUGCUAACAGUCGACCGAAUCGGGCGGCGGAAUCUUCAGCUGCUUGGCUUCUGUUGCCUGUUCAUUCUUAACGUGAUCAUUGGUGCUUCAUUCCGCUAUUUGAGCACACAUGGCGACUCAUCAGCCUUGGUCGUACUUUAUGUUCUGACUCAGAUAUUCUUCAACUUUGGACCAAACACCACCACAUACAUUGUUCCUGCUGAGCUCUUCCCAACUCGAUUUCGCGCCACUUGCCAUGGCAUCUCAGCCGCCUCUGGAAAAUUAGGUUCCAUUCUUGCGCAGUGCUUCUUAGGAUAUGUGGACUUUGGCAAUGGUGCAACCUGGCGAAACGUGCCGGAUUGGCUAGGAUAUGCACUUCUCUGCUUAUCAUUCUUCAUGCUGAUGGGUCUUAUUACCACAUUAUGGAUUCCGGACACUAGAGACAAUGAGGGGAAAAACAAAUCCCUCGAGCGCAUUGCCGAUGAUAUGCAGGCAAAAGAUGCACCCCCCGUGGAUGAGGAAGAAACUGGCAGCAUCCACACGCAGUCUACUACGCUGACGGCUGGCCCAGUUUGGAGAUCAACAUGA